AAAAUGGUGCGUUUUGGGAUUCAUAAAAGAGCGCAGGAGGACUAGAACGACGUCGUUCCACUGUUUACAACAUCCACUAUAUAGUCCCCAACUCGCUAUAUCGUGUGGGGGACGGCUGGUUUAGGUUUUAGGGUUUCUCCUUCGCCGUUCGCUAACCCUUAUCACAGAUGGCUCCAAAGAAAGGAGUAAAAGCACCAGCAGCAUUAGCCAAGAAGAAACAGGAGAAGGUAGUGAAUCCCUUGUUCGAGAAACGUCCAAAGCAGUUUGGAAUAGGAGGGGCAUUGCCUCCAAAGAGGGAUCUUAGCCGGUUUGUGAAAUUUCCGAAGCAUGUUCAGAUUCAGAGGAAGAGACGAAUCCUCAAGCAGCGGUUGAAGGUUCCCCCAGCUCUGAACCAAUUUACCAAGACCCUUGACAAGAACCUUGCAACAAGCCUGUUCAAGAUGCUUCUUAAGUACAGGCCUGAAGACAAAGCAGCAAAGAAGGAGCGUCUCUUGAAAAGGGCUCAGGCUGAGGCUGAAGGGAAAACCGCUGAGACCAAGAAGCCUAUUGUUGUGAAAUAUGGUCUCAAUCAUGUGACCUACCUUAUUGAGCAGAACAAAGCACAAUUAGUAGUUAUUGCGCAUGAUGUGGACCCUAUAGAGUUGGUUGUUUGGCUUCCUGCAUUAUGCAGGAAGAUGGAAAUCCCAUACUGCAUUGUCAAGGGAAAAUCUCGCUUGGGAUCGAUUGUUCACAAGAAAACUGCCUCUGUUUUGUGCUUGACCACAGUCAAGAACGAAGAUAAAUUGGAGUUCAGCAAAAUCUUGGAGGCUAUCAAGGCAAACUUCAAUGAUAAGUACGAUGAAAAUAGGAAGAAGUGGGGUGGUGGGAUCAUGGGUUCCAAGUCCCAGGCUAGAACUAAGGCUAAAGAGAGGCUUGUUGCCAAGGAAGCCGCCCAGAGGAUGACCUAGGAGGCAGUGCCCUGUAUUGCUGUUUACUUAGAAUAUGAGAGUUUUGAUGGUUUAUUUGUAGAAUUUUGGUUAUUUCAAUUCAUUUGGAUUUUAACUGCGA